AUGAUUACUAGAGGUCGAAACACAUCCAACACCUGCUCCACGCCGACGCCAGUGGCCAACCACGACACAGCCUACCGCCCGCCAUCCAGUGGACGCAACCAGAAGACCUACCCCAAAUCGGCUCUAAAACACUCCUACAUCCCCAAAAUGGAGCCCUUCCCGGUUUCACCCCCCACCAUAACGCUACAGAACGUCGAAAUCCCCGUGCCUAUGGCUCCAACAAAACUCAACGAUGUCUAUGCUUCUCCAAAAAGUCCCCGGCUACCACUUGUCUGUGGGCCCAAUUUCAACGUAGCGCCGCGCGGUUGGGGCGAAAUGAAGGAGUACUACAGACCAGUGACACUAGAUGGUGUUGGCAACUCGCCGCUCCCGUACACAGAUUAUUAAACUAUUUUAGGUAGAGUUAGUUGGUGCUCGGUGGUUUCAGGCAUGUAAGAAAAAGAAUCUAAAAGAAAAACUUUUUUAGGGUGUGUCUACACCGGGCGCAUAAGCUCGUGAGGCACACUUGACAUCUCAGGUGUAGGGUAAGUAGGAUGUCGUCUUUUUGCAUGACGAGGACGACAUAAGUUGAAGAUAUAAGUAGUAAUGUAGAGUUUUGACGAAAUUCGAUAUUGGCUCUACCAAACUCCAUUGAGCUAAGAGCGUGUCUAAUAAAUGUAACAACCACCACCAAUAUUGAUGAUGAAUGAUGAUACAGGAGCCAUUUUAAUGAAAGCCUGAGCCCUUUUACUUUUAGCUAAGAGUCAAGUUUUGACUCUUCAGCAGUUACAGCUGAAAAGAUGAUGAUGAUGAUAGAGCCUGAACAACACUUAUUAAAAAUGUCGACAAAACAGCCGGGCACUAUUUUACACAUUAAGGUCAAUAUUAAGAUAAUUAAUUAAGUUUUUAUACAGAGCUUAAUAAUGUGGAGUAUAUUAGUCAGUAAGAAUUAUUAAUAUUACAUCAUCUGUUGAAAUUAUUAAUUAAA